AUUUACACACACAUGCAUGGAUGCAUACACUCUCCCGUCUCUCACUGUCUCCCUUUUCUCUCUCUCAGUCACACUUGGUCCUGUGCAGACUUGAGGAGCCCCGGAGAGGAGAUGAUGCUGGUGGUGAUUCUGUUGGAGCUUUAGUGGUGAUUUUUCUUUUUCCUCUUUAAAAACAGAAAACUAGACUUAGAACAAUGUUGAUGCAACAGCACCUCUUCCCUCUGUGCUGUGUUGAUCUGCCUGCCUCCUGCCUAGAAUCAGCCCAUUUUGGGGGGAUUUAAGCGACAGAGAGUGUUCUGCGCCGGCUGUGUGUCUGCGGUUCUGGUGCGCUGGAUCUUCUUCUCCUCCUCUUUAUCUCUCCACUGAAGGAUGCUCAGCUCUUUCCACAAUCAGGAAUACUACUAUUACAACUACCAAUACUCUUGCUGCUUCUGUCCACUUCUCUGCCCCAGUCAGAUCGCAGUCUGAGGCGCCCCGGUCCCCUCAAGGGAAGAAGAAGCAUGUCAGAGGCAUCCGUGUUGCAAAUGGAAAUGAGCUGUCUGCUGCUGGUUCUGCUGGACUCAAGCUUUUAAACCAGACUUGAGAUUAUCCACAAAUCCCAGAAAGGCUCUGAAGAAAUUAAGGAUCCUAAGAGUUCCUUUCUGACGAGCCAAAGAUUACUGUAUCACUGUAUAUCAAGGAGCACCAGCUGCUUAACCAGCUCUAUGGUUUUCUGACUUGUCCAAGACUGCGUUUUUGGCAUCUGACUGAGAGGUGAUUAGAGCAAUCCCCCGGACCCUGUCAGAAACUCCGAAUCAGCACACUCAUACACUGAGAUGACCCAAGAACAGUGCACUCAUAGGAACAAUGUCCAGAGUUCAGAGAAACCACAAGUGUACAAAGUGGGAAUAUACGGCUGGAGGAAACGUUGCCUUUACUUCUUCGUCCUGCUGCUGAUGAUCCUGAUCCUGAUCAACUUGGCACUAACUAUCUGGAUCCUCAAGGUCAUGAACUUCACCAUAGAUGGCAUGGGCAACCUGAGAAUAACAGAGAAGGGCCUGAAACUGGAAGGGGACUCUGAGUUCCUCCAACCCCUCUAUGCCAAAGAAAUCCAAUCCAAACCAGGCCGCCCGCUGUUCCUGCAGUCGUCCAGAAAUGUGUCGGUCAAUAUUGUCAACAGCAACAACCAGCUGCUCACACAACUUGUAACAGGAUCCAGUGGAUUUAAAGCACGAGGCAAGAUGUUUGAAGUCAAAUCCACCUCUGGAAAGCUCCUCUUCUCCGCCGACGAGCAGGAGGUGGUUGUGGGCGCAGAGAGGCUCCGAGUGAUGGGGGCAGAAGGAGCUGUGUUUAGCAAAUCAGUGGAGACGCCACACGUCAGAGCCGAGCCUUUUAAAGAGCUAAGGCUGGAGUCUCCCACUCGCUCCCUACUGAUGGAGGCUCCUAAAGGCAUCCAGAUCCUGGCUGAGGCCGGAGAUAUUCAGGCCAUCUGCCGAAACGAGCUGCGACUGGAGUCCAAAGAUGGAGAGAUCUCUCUGGAUGCCCGGAGGAUUCGCCUGAUGCGGCUGCCUGAGGGGAAGGCCUCCACCAGCUCCUCGUCCUCUGGGACCAGGCAGACUGUCUACGAGGUUUGCGUUUGCCCCAACGGGAGGCUUUUUCUGUCCCAGGCCGGCACCGGAUCCACCUGCCAGAUCAGCAACAAUGUCUGCCUCUAGGACUGAUACAUGCAAAUUAUCAGUAAAUACAGAGAUAUCCUGAAAGAAAGACAGGCAAAAAACAGUCAGAUAUCGCCUGCCUCAAGGACUGAUGAACAGCAAACACUACAUACAAAGACUGCCAGAGCUGAUGGAAAUAUAAACAAUCAUAGAUACUGUACCUAUACAGACACACUGAUGUAUACACUUUACAAUCCCAAACACUCAGACUGAUAUUUAGGCUCAACCGAUAUGUUUGAACAGGCCAAUACUGAAAAAUUUUGGAUUAAAGCUGCUGACAGCUGAUCUUUUGUGCCAAUAUUUCAAUGCUAAAAGAUAUUUUCUCCCUUAAUUUUAUACGUUUCAGAGUGGAAAAGCCUUUGAAAUCAGCAUUAAGAGCAUCACGAGACACUAAAACUCUCCGCUGAGUGUCAUACACAUCUCUCUAAGCUCUUUAUACAUACAGUUCAGCAGACGUUAUGUGGCUUUUAAAACUGAAUUACAUGAAUAAAAGAAAAAAAUGUGUUUCAUUGCAGGUUUUAACAAUUUUUUAAUACAAUUGCAGUCAGAGAGGAAUCACGAUCAUAAAAUGGGAAUAAAGGACACUGACUGUCUCACUAAUAUUUAUUGAAAGGACAGUGGUAAUAUAUCGGUUUGACCCUAAUAGUCACAUAUGACACUGCUAUUUAUUAAUAGCAUAAAGACAUGCAGAUGCACACACUAGCUUACAGACAUGCAUUCACACGGUAUACAUAUUUAAACAUGGUGUACACACACAUGCACACUCUUUGCUCGUAGGAGCCUCCUGUUAGAAACUGAGAGGAUCUCCAGAGAUUUACUAGAAGAGACACUGAUCUGUUCCCUUUCUCCCUCAAGAGCAUUUCAGUACCAGAAUCACUGGGGUGAUCACCCACGGCAACAGGCCCCACCCACUCCUCCUCCCCUCCGUUCUUCACCUUUUUCCUCCUCUUGUUUUUCCUUUUCUGAUGGUUACCACAUCUGAGAUGAUUAAAGGGUUUAUACUUUUCCUGUUGUUCAUAAAGCAUUGUAAAGUCCUACAGGUAUGCUAUAAGCACUUAAUUACAGAUAUUAAAUGGUCUGGAUAUAAGAUAGAGUCAUAAACAUUAGGAUUUGGAUGUACUAUCAGAUUUGGAUACUCCAAAAAUGAACUUGCUUGGCCAGUACACAAGCAAAACGGUUACCAUAGACUUUGCGUUUGGAUGAUGUCUCUCAUGUUUAAAUAACUUUUCGAGGCUCUGGGAAAGUUCUACCCAUAUAAAACCAUUACAAGCUGAGAUUGGUGGUGUCCACUGUGGCAAAUCUUCCAGUGGUGCCAUGUCCAACUCUCUUAGUGCUCUUCCACAACCCAAAGUUUAGUCAGCCUCAGUCGAACUUUGCUGCGGUUAAAUACUUGUUACGGUUCAUUUGGUUGCUUGUGAACGCUCCAAUCUUACUCUAGUGCUGACUAAAGGGGGUCUCCAAACUAACCCUAGUGCGGUUUGAUUGCAUUCUGAACGUAAUCUGACCUAAUUACAGAACAUUAACCAAAACCAUGGGAAAUUAGGCUACCUGUGCAGGCCUUUUGUGAGAUGUACACAGAGCGACAGAUGCAACAUGACUGGGAGAGGACUGAUUUGGACUUCUGUUAAAGUCCGAUGUUUGCGUGACAUCUGGUCUGUAGUUUGGUAGGAACACCAGAGCAGGAUUACAACCAGUCUAGUCGGGGUGAGUUCGGCUCCAUGUUGCUUUGUUUAUUUCCGUGUUUACAUUUUCCACCACCAACUUUUCCGACCAAUAAGAAAUAAUACUGCAAGUAUAUUUCAAGCCCUCCGCCUUCGUACCGCCCGCCUCAGCAAAUCUUUUUUUUUAUUUGGUCCAUUUACAAGCAAACCAGAAUCAAUACAAAAUGAACCAAAAAUAUCAAUUUCACUCUGAUUCAGACUAAGCAAACAGACUUGGGUUGUGAAGUGCCCUUAACAUAUCCACAGGGCUCGGAUAUUUACUAAAGUAGACAUUUUGUAAACUCCCAUUUCAGUCGAAACACAUACCAGAUCCAGAAGUGUAUGUGUCAUACAGUGUGUGUAUGAAUUAAGUGCUUAUGUACCUAUGUGAUAAUACAUGAACCAUAUUUGGGUUAAUAAAAAAAACUUGAUGCUUUAGAGAAACAGCGUACAGCUAAACAAUUAUUGGGCCAAAGUUGUCUUCAGCCUUUUCUUCAUUGAGGCUCUAAAUUGACAUUGCAGUGAAGUUGUAUUUCAGUAAACUAACCUACAAAGCAUUCAGAACAUUUGUUAUAAUUUAUCUAAAGUGUAUGAUGACAAACUAUGGCUCAUGCCUUGUUCACAUCCUGUCGCACUCACCCAAAUAAAUUCAAAUUGGCUUGCCAGUGCUAGCAGCAUGUCAUGUAUGGGAAAUAGUUGUUUGUAAAGUCUUAACAUGUCGCUAAACUUGGAUUUUGACGUUUUAACACCUGAUUGUUUCCAUGUUGUAGCAGAGAGAUGUGACAUGAUGUGAACAUGGCCUCAACCACUCAACCACAGGUGUGCUCGGUGUUUCUCCUUUUUUUAAUUUGAUGUAAUCUUUUGAUUUUAAAUGAAUAGAAAGCUGGUUUAAUUUCAUAUAAUGACUGUCAGUGUUCUGUUUUGCCUGCAUAAAUUUCGUCCAUGGCUCUUCCUGCCAAAAACAGCCUCACCCUCCCACAACUCUGACAAUGACAACAAUUACAACUCAACUCAACAUCCUGUUAUAACUCUUAAAACAGAACAUGUGUCAUAACUGUCAAAUGUAAGCUGCUCAAAAUGCGGCGGUGGUCACCCUACUUGUUUCUUGCACUGGGACAUUUUUUUAAAAAACGGACAAACCAACUAAUGCGAGCCACUCUGUUGAAAGAGGGGAACUGUGCCUGUGCCUUAUGUCGAUGCACUUGUGGCAAGAAGAAGCACAUCACACAGACUUUCUUUGGCAUCAACGAGUAACAUGAUCUCUGAUUUCAGUUCAGUUUCAUCCCCAUUACGAAUCCCUCCCUCUGUGUGAAUGCAAAGACCUUCAGCCGCAUCUGACUGUAGCGCCCCCUGCUGUCAGCACCUGACUCUGCAAAAGGAUGAGUUGGGUUUUUUUUUCCAUUUUCUAUUUACUCCUUUAGUUCCCUAGUUUUGGAUGGCGCUCUUGUUACUUUUGCUUUUUAUGAUCAAAUAUUCUGUGUGUAAACAUGUAUGUGUUUCUUAAUAUUUUCAGAUGUGACCCUGUGGAGUUUAACAGGCGGAUUACAGCACUGAUGGGUCUGAUUACCACUGCUUAUCGCACACUGUUUUGCCAAAAACAUCUAGUUUCUCCAACAUGUUUAGAUCUUUAUGUUUUCACACACUUGUUUUUGAACCUGAAGUGGUUUAAAUCUCAUGUCUUAUGAUGUUGAAGCAUUCAUUGACUGCGUUUAAUGUGGAGACCACUUUGACAACACCACUUCUUUCUUGUCUUAUCUUUUUUCCUUUAAUGCUGACUCGUUUGAUUCAAACCCCAUGAUUAUCAUCAAUAACAGUACAACUGUAGUGCAGUCGCCAUGCACAGAUGUUCGAACAACUGAAAAUCUAAAAAAACUGCGAGUACACAUAAAAAUAUGGUUGCCAUUGAAUUUUUUGCAGAAUUGACCAACAUCAGCCUUCUUGUCUGGCGACGGAGUUGGAUUUGCAACAGUGAAUAUGCAAAUGUUUCCCAAUUGUUUCUUCUACAUUUUCUGCCUGUGGCAACUAGAUCCUUCUUGAGCAGAGGUGCCAAACAAUGGCAUGGAGACAUCAGACUUCAGUAGCCGAAUUUCAUCAACGAAUUUCAAUGCGCAUUUAGAAGAUUUGCAUGAGAAAAAAAGUUUGAUGGAAACACCGAAAAUCGAAAAAAACCUUUCAAAUUGCGCCGUAAUGUUUUUUCGCUUGAUUAGGGUGUUUUUUCAUCUUUUUAAAAAAAUUGUUAAUGCACUUAACAAGAGAUGGAAACGCUUUUUGCGAAUAAGUUCUGACGUAGCAAACAUUUUAGUCACGUGACUGAUCAGCUAUUUCCAUUCUGCCAGUCAAAACGAGCUGACAUGAAAAAACAUUUAUAUAAAAAUUAUAAGUUAGUCAAUUGAAUCUAAUUCCUGAAGACAUAUUAUCUCUCUAGGGUGGCCUAAAUUGUCAGAUUAGCAACCUCUUCUUGAUUACAUUUUCUCUCUAGCUCAGUCUCUUCUUCUACUGUUUACUGAUGGCCUUGCCUACAACAAUACAUUACACUGCCAUCUACUGACGAAAGUAUGUUGAUGCAGCUUCGUUUAUUCAAUUUAACCAGUUGAUAGAAAAAUGUCCCUAAUUUGUAUUUUCUUUAAUGCAACAUUUCAAAAAUUUCACUUUAAAAUUCAAUUCGACUUUAAUGGAAACAUGGCUAGUGGUGUGAUAAUACAACUUAAUUCAAGGCAUGUAAUUAAAAAAAUCUUUUAAAGUAUAAGGCACCAUAUUUUGAUCCUUCUCCAAUGCAGAAACUUAGGUUGACUACUUGGGGUGUCAACAACUACAAGAAACUAGACCUUUUGACACAGUGGCUGUGAUAACUCCUGAAAACACUCAUAGUGCUGUAAAGCGUUUAUUUAUAUAUCAUCUUUUGUGUUUUUAAAGUGUGACAUCCUUCUUAAGAGUCAGGUGUCCCAACCUUCUCACUGUCUCUCAGCUUCUCUGUUGCUGUAUAUUAAAGGACUUUCAGAAAUAUUUCACAACAAAAUUGAAUCUAUCUGAUGUAUUUGUUUUUUGAAUACAUGUACACAAGAGAAAUACAAAUUUUUAUACGGUUGUAUUUGUAAAUAAUGUAUACAUAACGCGCAUAAUGCGUUGGUGCGCAUCAGAGGAUACAUGCCGACGGAAGAGAAACACUG